UUCGACGGCGAUUUUCAACUUUUUUUUCUUGCCUGUGAAAAAAAUGAACUUACUUGGUGUUUUAAUGGAAGCUUUAGUUUCUCAAUCAAUAAACACCAUUAAAACAACCCUUAUUUGGCUUCUAAGAACAACAUGGAUAGUUGGAACCCUUCCCAUCCUCAUAGCUUCACUCCCUUCUCCAUGUCUUAAUUCAUUUCACGCCCUUUUACUAAGCUUUGCUAAAAGGGGUAAGAUUAUGCCAUCUUCAUCACACAGGUUCACAGUUCCCCAAAGUUUCUUUCUUCACUUUUAUUUGCUGGCUGUGAUUUGGACAACCACCUUGUUAAUGGGUACUUGGUAUUUUGCUUACAAAGUUACACCUUUGAGUACUGAGUCAUUGAGUUACCUUGCAGCUGCUAAUCAUUUAACAGGAGGAUCACUUGUUUUUUCAUUACACAAGUCUCGGUUUAGUUCUGUUGAUGACAGGUUCAAUGUUUGGAAAGCUGUGUUCUUGUUGUUGUUGAUGGAAAUCCAUGUCUUGAGGCGACUUUAUGAGACCUUUCAAGUUUUCAAUUAUAGCCCUUCAGCUCGGAUGCAUAUUUUUGGAUACUUGACUGGUAUUUAUUUCUAUACGGCAGCACCAUUGUCGCUCUGUACGUUUUGUGUACUCGAGGCUUUUAACUUUGCAGCUGAUCAAGUGGCUGAAUUUAAAGUUGAGGGCCAAGAAAUGGUGUCAAUUACAGAUUUUGAUUUGUGGGGAUAUAUGAAGCCGUUGACAAGGCUCGGUUGGUGCCAAUGGGCCGGUGCUGUUAUAUUUGCUUGGGGAUGGUUCCAUCAACUUCGUUGUCAUGCAAUUCUCGUACGUUUUUCCGCCUGUUUAAAUCUAUCGCUAGCUGGGUCACUUAGAGAACGCGGAGACCGAACCGACGGAUACGUGAUUCCACAUGGAGAUUGGUUCGAAGUUGUCUCGAGUCCACACUAUUUAUCCGAGAUGAUAUUAUAUGCCGGUUUAUUGGUUGCGAGCGGAGGGACCGACUUUACAAUAUGGCUACUUCUCGGAUUUGUGGUGGCUAAUCUUGUAUUUGCGGCGGCAGAAACUCACCGAUGGUACCUCCGGAAGUUCGAGAAUUAUCCUCGUAAUCGGCGGGCCAUUCUUCCAUUCAUUUAUUAGUACAGACAAAAUGUUUUUAAAGUAUAUUGUGUACAAUUAGGUUGCUGAAAUAUGUAGAGAGAUGCCUAUGUUGUUGAACAUUAUCAUUUGAGCUAUAUUUAAGCUAUAUUUGUUGUAGUACAAA